CACAAAGCACGUGCUCUAGUCGCGAUUGUAGCAUUAGUUAUGUAUUAUCGAUCAAACACAUACAAAUUCAAACAAUAUAUGUUAAAUAUAAUAUUAAAUAUUAAAUAUUUUAUUAUCGAUAAAAAAUUAUAUCAAAUUAUAUCACGAACAUUGAAUAAACUAUAAUAUUUAAUACACUUUUUUUGACAUAUAUUAUAUGGAUUUUGUUGUUCGUGCUUGAUUGGCAGCAUAUAACCAACACUACCGUCAUGGCUUGAUUAGACUAUACGCUUCGUGAUUGGUCAGUAUUUUUUUAUUAAUAACUCGUUAACAAAGUUGUAAUGAAAGUUUUUACAAAAUGUUACUUGAAAUUAUUUUAGAAAUCUUUAAUUAACUUUUAUUCCCAUAUUUUUAAAGCAUUUUGUAUAUAAUAGAAUAUACUGUAUUCUCAUUCAUAUGUAAAAAUUAAUUAAAAUGAACGAUAAAAAUAUUCUAUAUGAAACAUAUUUUAUAUAUUAUACUUUAAUUAUAAAUUGUAAACAACUUAAAUAACUUUUAAUAUAUUUUAGAUUUUUCAUAUUUUAAUUGCAAUUGCAUUCUCGCUCUCUCUCUCUCUCUCUCCCGCCUUCUAUUUAUUUCUGUCUAUCUAAGAAGAUAUUCUUUUAAUAGAAUAUUUAUUAAAAAUAUUUAUAAGAAUCUAUGAUUAAUUAUAAAUUAUAUGUUUAUUAUAAAUAUUAAGUUAUGUUUAAUGAAAAUAUAUUGUAUUCUUUCUAUUCAGUUAGUAAGUAUUAAAAUAUUUCAUUUUAAAUAAAAUUUUUUUUUGUGAUACUAAAUUUAUUACUUUGCGAUAAAUUAAAUAUUAUUAAAUUUAGAUUUUUAUAUUCAUGUAAAAAUAAACAUUAUUAUACUUAACAUUAUAAUUUGUUUUAAUUACAAUAUGAAUAUUAUUUAUUCAAGUAUUAAAUAUUUUUCCCAAAGAAAAAUCUUAUAUGUAUUUAUAAUUAUUAAAGACAUUUAAUAUUUUAUUAAAAUCAUUUAUUUUAAUAUUCCGAUUUAUUUAUUUAUUUAGAAAAUCAUAAUAUAGAAUAAUAUACAUAAAUUGCAUAAAAUAAUCGUAUUAUAUAAAAUAAUUGUAUGAAAUAAUUAUAAUUUAUAUUUAUAUAUACAUAUAUAUAAGAAAUAUAUUGUUUUUAUUUAAAAAUAAAUAUAUUUUGAAAUUUAAAUUUUAUUUUUCUUUCAUUUGUAUUAAUUUGUUUUUAUCCAUUUUUCAACGCUAAUAUUUUAUUUAAAAAUGUUUUAAAUUUAUUUUCUUCGUUACUAAUAUUUAAAUUUCAAAUGAAUAUAAAUAAUUUAAAUAAAAGUAUUAUAACCUUAAAUGUAUGCAUAGUUGAUUUACUUUUUCUAUUAUUUGAAAUAAUUUAUUUAUUAUUAUUUUUAUUUUAUUUCAUUUAAAAAAUUAUUUAUUUAGAUCAAUCUAUGAUUAAUCUUAUAGAAAAAUAUUAAUUAAUUAUUUAUAUAUUUAUUGAAAUGCUAAAACAAAAUUUUAGAUAUUUACAAAAUCGCAUAAUUUUGUCAAAUUAAAAAAUUCUAUAUAUAUUGUUGUAAUCUAUAUUAUAACUUAUAAACUGUUAUUUUUUAUUAUUAUUAUUUUUAUUUAAUAUUUAUUAUAAUAUUCGAUAUUUUAAAUAAAAACUUUAUUUUUUAAUGGAGUAUGCGCACGAUUUCUCUCAACAUAGAUCUUAAGAUUCCUUAAAUAGCGUACUUUCUCAUUCUUUUCUAAUAUUCUGUUAACUAUAACAUUCAUAGAAUAUCUAGGAUAAAAUAAAUCUAUUUUUAUUUCUAAAUAUUAUCAAAUAUUAUUUAAUAAUAUCACAUAAUCGAUACAAUGUCUCAAGCUUAUAUUCAUGCAUGCGAAAGGGCGGAAUUAUUAGGAUUGCCAAUACCAAGUGAAGAAGAAUGGAAAGAAACGCAAAAGUCUGAAGAAAACGUUAAUAAUGACGAUGAUGCAAUGAUUCAAAACUUGGAUUCUUCUAGUGAAACUGCACAACGAAUCAGUGGAGGACUAGAUGAAUUAAACAGUAUACUCAAUGUUACUCAAAAAAAAAUUAACAGAUUUAAGAAUAUUUGUGGCAGUUUGGGUAGUUUACUUAAAGUAAAAGUAGGAUCUAAAAAUAAUACACCAGAUCAUAAACUAACUGAACAAAGUCAUAAUGAGAUAAAGAACAUUAAUCCUGAAACAUCUAUAAAUGAAGAAAACUUAAUAGUAGAACUAUCUGAUGAUAAGAAACACAUGGAGAAUACAGAAACUAUUGCAGCAACAUCAAAAGCAAUUGAUAUCAAUAAAAAAAUGGGAUCUCAUUUGAAUAAAUUAGAUUCUCUUAUCACUAAAGCAGAAAAUGCACAAUAUAGUAUGCAAUUUCAAACAAAACAAAUGAAAAAAUUUUUAAAAUAAUAAUUUAUAUGCAAAAAUAAUAUUUUAUUCUAAUACUCUUUUUCUCAGGCCUCUUCCAAAUAAAUUUAAAACUUUAUUUAUUACUAUUAAUAUGCUUAAAAAAUUAUAUAAAAUAAAAUUUAUAUUAUAUUAAAUGUUCAAAAAAAGGUAGUAAAAUAAAAGAUAUAAAAAAUUAAAUUAUUAAAAUGUUUAUAAAUUAUAUAUAUUCAAAUAUACAAGGAAAAUUUUACAUUUUAAGAAAAUAAAAAUUUAUUUGAUUGCUUAUUGUAUAUUAAAUGCAUAAUAAUAUAUUUCAUAAUAUAUAUAUAUAUUAGAAUUCAUAUUCAUAUUUUCAUGUAAAACAUUGACUUUUCCAAAAUAAGAAAAACAUAUUGAACAAAAAAUAUUGAAAAUGUUAAAAUAAUAUUUACAUCAGGUUAUUAUUUUUUGUUAUUUUUAAUAUUAUUAUUAAGUUAAUGUGAUAUAUUAAAAUAUAAAAUUUAUAAUUGAAACUUUUUAUUAUAAUAAUUAUAAUAAAUUAAAAAAUACUUUCUUUUAAACAAAUAUCAAAAUAAUUAGCAUCUAAAAUCAAUAUUAUAAUAAAAUUUAUUUAACUAUUAAUUUUGAUUAUAUAUUCUAAUUGCAUCGCAUGUUCCUUAUUUAUAUUAAUUAUUUGUAUUAAAAUUUUUUAUAUGUUAUGAGAACCUUAAUAAUUCUCUUUUUAUUUAUUGAAAUUAUACAACUCUUAUAUUAUAAAAAUUCGUAUUCUUAAUGUUUUACUUAUUUAAAGAUAUAUACAUUUUCUAUAAAAAUUGCUUUAAGAAUAAUUCCAUAUAAAUUCCAUAUAAAUCAUAUGGAAGCUCAAAUGAGCUUAUAUUAUUAUGCAAUUGUUAUUGUUAUGAAAACAUGUAAUAAUUUUUAUAAACUAUUAUAAUUUAAUUACAUCAUAUUAAAAUGAAUAUAUAUUAAACGUUUAAAUAUACAUAGUGUUAAUUGUUUAUUUGAGAGAGUAUAAUAUUAAUUUCAUUAAUUAAAUAUAUUUUAGAUAAUUUUAUAGAGAAAUAUUUUUUCUAACAUUAGAAAUAUAUAAAAAAUAUAAUAAAUGUAAAAUAUAAUAUAAAAAAAAUAAUAGAAAUAAAUUUGUAAAAUACAAUUGUUAUGAAUAAUUUAUUACUAUGAAUAUAUAAAUAUUAUAAUAUAUAAAUAUUAUAUUAUAAUAUGAAAUCAGAUAUUAUAUUAAUAUAUUAUAUAUAAAAUAAUUUAUUUAAAAAAAAAUGAAUUUUUAUUCUUAUGAUUAACAUAAAAGAAAAUUUAUAAUGAUGUAUGCUAUAGAGUAAUUCUUAAAUUUAUUUUAAAUUCUUUUUUAUUUUAUACCAGCACUAAAAAAAAUUGAAUUAAUAUCAAAAAUUUUAAUUUUAAUGAUAUAAUGAGUUUCAUUCUUGUAACAAGUUGUAUUUAAAUAAAUAAAUUGGUAUUUAAGAAAUGUAAAAA